UCCAAUUUGUUGUUCAAGUUUUGUAUUGGGCAGUCUCCACACAGCUCUUCAUCCAUCUCGACCAUCCUUAUCAAUCUCAUUUUUUUCUCAAAACAAAAAUGAACCGAAGGUUGAACGAAGUUGCAUCUUCAGGGGAUAUCGACUCCUUGUAUAUGAUAUUUCAAGAAGAUGCCUACAUUUUAGAACGUAUAGAUCAGGUACCUUUUGUAGAUACCCCAUUACACAUCUCAGCAUCAGCCGGACAUGUCCCUUUUUCCUUGGAGAUCAUGAGGUUGAAACCAUCCUUAGCCAAGAAGCUUAACCCAGACGGCUAUAGCCCUAUCCACUUGGCAUUGCAAAAUAACCAAACAAAAACCGUGUUGCGGCUCAUCGAUAUCGAUCGAGAUCUCGUAAGCAUACAAGGGAGAGAGGGCUUAACUCCAUUGCACAUUGCAGCUUCGGGAGGCAUGGAUGAUAUAUUGGCCAAGUUUCUAACUUCAUGCCCAAAAUCUAUUAAACAAUUGACCAAUCGUAAUGAGUCUGCUCUACAUAUUGCUGUUAAAAAUGAAGAUAUUGAAUCGGUUAAAAUCUUGCUACAAUGGAUCCAACAAACUUGCAUGACCUCAAUACUUAAUUGGUGUGAUGACGAAGGAAACAAUGCCAUGCAUCUGGCGGCGCUCGGAAAUCAAGUUGAGAUGGUGAAGCUUUUCAUAAACAAAGUGGAUAUGAAAGCAAAGAAUUUGGAAGGCAAGACAGCAUUAGACAUAAUGAAAGAACAUGGGCCUGUGGAAGACAAAGAGGUAAAAGAGAUGCUCCAUGGUUCCCACAUUCUCAAAAAUGUUGCAAAAUUUUUGCGUUCAAUAUUAUUGUUUGUGAAGAGAUUAGUGAUUACGGACUAUCGUGAGAUUCUUUACAUGUCUAAAAAGGAUCGGAAUGCAAUAUUAGUAGUUUCUGUGCUCAUUGCCACUGCAACUUACCAAGCUGCUCUAACUCCACCCACGAAAGACAUGGAUUUCUUCUUUGACAACUACAAGUGGAUCCCAUACGAAUGCUUCCUACAGUUAAAUACUUUGGCAUUCGUUGCUUCAAUGAUAGAGAUUUGUGUUCAUCUUCCUUCUGGGAUUGGCUACGCUCUCCAUUUGGUUCUUCCUUUGGUCAUUUGCUAUGUAUUAUUGACAAUUUCUUUAUGGCCAUACUUUCCUAUAAAUGUCACAAUUGGAAUCACUUUUGUGCUUAUUUGGUCCAAAACUCCCUUGGUUCGACAGAAAGUGAAUGGAGAUCUUAAGCUAAAGAAGCUUAGGAAACUUGGUGGUCUCUUCAUGCGUAGCAUCAACAUAGAGAAAGAAUUGACUGAAAUAAGCGUGCACUUUGGUCGCAAUGGUUAGAGCUGGUUAAAGAUCAUGUAUUUGUUUAGAUUGCUGUCAGUUAGUAUCUAAUUAAAUCUCCGUUAGGAGUCAUGUAUU